UCUUCAAAGCUGUAAACUUUUACCAUUCUUAAACACGUUUGUUUUUCUGUCUAUCUCAGUUCACACACAUUCUCCUUCUCUCCUUUUCUCUCUUUCUUUUGAGUCUCCAUUGGUAUCUCUUUUCAAGCUUUCUCCUUCAUUUCUUGGUUUUUCCUGGUAACCAAAAAGGUAAGGCCUGAACCCCAACCUUUGCAUUUUAAUAUUUUCUCUCCAACGGUCAUAUAUUUUCACUUUUUCUAUGGAGAUGUUUUCUUUGGUUUUGGUGGUUCUAGCUCUCUCGAGCUCUAAUGGUGCAGUUACUUGUUUGAAUAAUGAAGGGUAUGCACUUUUGUCGCUUAGGCAGUCCAUUUAUGAGGACCCUGAAGGGUCUUUAAGUAACUGGAACUCUUCCGAUGACAACCCUUGUUCAUGGAAUGGGGUUACAUGCAAGGAACAAAGAGUUGUUUCUGUUACCAUUCCAAAGAAGAAACUCUAUGGGUUUCUUCCUUCUGCUUUAGGCUCUUUAUCUGAUCUUCGCCAUGUAAAUUUGAGGAACAAUAAAUUCUUUGGGGUUUUGCCUGUUGAGCUUCUUGAAGUUCAGGGGUUACAGAGUUUGGUUCUUUAUGGGAAUUCCUUAUCUGGGUCCUUGCCAAAAGAAAUAGGGAAUCUUAAAUAUCUUCAAACAUUAGAUUUAUCUGAAAACUUCUUUAAUGGGUCAUUGCCCUCAUCAAUUGUUCAAUGCAAGAGACUAAGGACCCUUGAUCUGAGCCAAAACAAUUUCACUGGUUCUCUACCAGAUGGAUUUGGGACUGGCUUGGUUCCUCUUGAAAAACUUGAUCUUUCAUUCAAUAAGUUCAAUGGUACAAUUCCUAGCGAUUUUGGACAUCUGUCUAGUUUGCAAGGAACUGUUGAUUUGUCUCACAAUUUCUUCACCGGUUCAAUCCCUGCUAGCCUUGGAAAUCUUCCCGAUAAGGUUUAUAUUGAUCUUACUUAUAACAAUUUGAGUGGGCCAAUACCCCAAAAUGGUGCUCUAAUGAACAGAGGACCAACAGCAUUUAUUGGGAAUCCUGGGCUUUGUGGCCCCCCAUUGAAGGACCCUUGUUCUUCAGAUACUACAGGUGCGAGUUCACCUUCUUCUUAUCCGUUUCUGCCAAAUAAUAACCCGCCUGCGAAUUCAGAUGACAAGGAAGGUAAAAAUCAGAGAGGGAGAGGACUUAGUAAGGGAGCUAUUAUUGCUAUAAUAGUGAGUGAUAUAAUUGGAAUAUGCCUUGUUGGGUUCUUAUUCUCCUAUUGUUAUUCAAGGGCCUGCUUAUGUAGUGAGGAUAAAGAUAACCAUGGUUAUGGUUAUGAGAAGGGAGGGAAAGGAAAGGAGGAGUGUUUUUGCUUCAGGAAAGAUGAGUCGGAGACUUUAUCAGAAAAUGUAGAGCAGUAUGAUCUCGUGCCACUGGAUACACAGGUGGCAUUCAAUUUGGAUGAGCUGCUUAAAGCUUCUGCUUUUGUUCUGGGUAAGAGUGGAAUUGGUAUCAUGUAUAAAGUUGUGCUCGAAGAUGGGCUUACCUUAGCUGUGAGAAGAUUGGGUGAAGGGGGCUCUCAGAGGUUUAAGGAAUUCCAGACAGAAGUAGAAGCAAUUGGAAAGCUGAAGCAUCCUAACAUUGUUACUCUCAGAGCCUAUUAUUGGUCUGUUGAUGAGAAGCUUCUCAUAUAUGAUUACUUAUCUAAUGGAAGCCUUGCCACUGCAUUGCAUGGGAAGGCAGCAAUGGUAUCGUUCACACCAUUAUCGUGGUAUGUACGACUAAAAGUCAUUAAGGGAAUAGCCAAAGGCUUGGUUUAUCUGCACGAGUUCAGCCCAAAAAAAUAUGUUCACGGAGAUUUAAAGCCAAGUAAUAUAUUACUUGACCAGAACAUGGAACCACACAUAUCUGAUUUUGGACUUGGACGACUUGCUAAUAUCGCUGGAGGGUCCCCAACCAUGCAAUCUAACCGAAUGCCUUCAGAUAAACCCCAGGAGAAACUACAAAAGAGUGCUUCUUCAGAAGCUACUGCCGUUUAUUCCUCCACAAGCUUGGGAUCUUAUUACCAGGCUCCUGAAGCUCUGAAAGUGGUAAAACCAUCACAGAAGUGGGAUGUCUACUCAUUUGGGGUAAUCUUGCUAGAAAUGAUCACAGGGAGAAUAGGUACCUCAGAAAUGGAUCUUGUUCAUUGGAUUCAACUAUGCAUUGAAGAGAAAAAGCCACUUUUGGAUGUUUUAGAUCCAUAUUUAGCUCCAGAUGUAGAUAAAGACGAGGAGGUAAUUGCAGUUCUAAAGAUCACAAUGGCUUGUGUGCAUAGCAGCCCUGAACGAAGACCUAUCAUGAGGCAUGUCUCUGAUGCUUUGGAAAAGUUGAUCGCAUCAACUGAUCAAUAAAUCAAUUAAAACCAAGAAUCUGUGUGACUCAAGGGAUACUUGGAAGUUCUUUUCAUCAAAAUGAGGAUGGUUUCAAAAUUAUGGUUAGUUCCAAUUUAACUGUACUCCCAUAACAAUUGUGGCAGUGGAGUGAAACGAUGUAAUAGUGCUAGAGGCAAAAUGUUCAUGUCUUCAUUUCUGUAGGAUUCCUUUCUUUGUCACAAGAGCUAGGUGAUGGUGGGUGUGCUAUAAGAGCUGCUGUGAAUUUUUAAGUGCGUUGUAAUUUUGCAUAAAUUGGCUGUUAGUUUAUUCUGUAUGUGAAAGGGUGUUUUAUUCUUGCUCCGAUAGCAGACCUUUUAUCCCUAGUUUUUCUUGGUCGAUAAAGCUAGUCAUUUUAUUUGUUUCUUUUCUAUUUUCCCAGGAAUAUGACUAUUGAAGGAAAAUUUUAUAUUUUCUUUAAUCCCUAUGCUUGAAUUAAGAAGUAUACUUAUAUUUUCCAAUCAGUCUCGUGACAUCUUUGUCACGGCUCAACUUAUUCUCUUUUAGAGUGUUUGUCGUGGCCAAAUGAUGGAGUUCAAUGACUUAAGAUUGAUUUUAAUAUCACUUGUGGUGAUUGUUAUUCUUUUAUUGUAAAUUUAACUUAUUAGGGUAUGCUAUGUCAAUGUUCAUAUAUUUGACAACCUUU